AUGGGCCUCUGCGGCUGCGGAGGCCCUUCGGGGCCAGACUGGUCCAAGGCGGAGCUGCCGCCUGGCGUGGUGGUGCGAAAGGAGAUCCGGUCCAUGCCACGCGAGGAGCAGGAGCGCAUCGCGCGCGCCUUCCUGAAGAUGCGCGAAAACAUCGGUGGGAGCGGUACAUCUCCGUAUUUCAAGAUGGCUGUGAUUCAUGGAGGAAUGCCUCCGCUCUCCACCAAGAAAUACCCCGAGUAUUGCGCGCACCGGCGUACCUGUUUUGCGCCUUGGCACCGCCCUUACGUGCUCGAAUUCGAGCGAAUGCUGAGGCGAGCCGACUUGGCGCUCGGAGGCGAUGGCAACAUUGGCCUACCAUACUGGGACUGGACGCGCUACGAGGUGAACGGCGAGGUCUUUCCAAGGAUCAUCCGCGACGAGCUGACCGUCGAUUUUCCGAGCAGCUUCUUCCCGAUAAAGCCAAGCCCUGCCUUUGCGCCGCUGGCCACGCUACCGUCUGACGCGUCGCUCAAAGCUGCAUUCGAGGCAUCUGGCCUCGAUGAACUUGCCUUCUUGAGUCUCCGCUCGUCGCAAUUCCUCAACUUUGCGUGCACCGCGUCACAGACUGCGCGGUACCCCUCGGUCGAAGCGCCGCACAACACGAUCCACGGGUACGUCGGCGGAAUCAUGGGCACCUUUCAGUCAGCCUUUCACCCGGUGUUUUGGAUGCACCACUGCAACGUGGACCGGCUGUUUGAGACCUACCUGCAAUUGAACCCCGACAGUUGGGUUGACUUCCAACAGGCACAGGCAAAGUUCGACCCCGGAGGGGCAAAGGGCUAUCCCAAUGGCCCCGCCGGGCCCUUCAAGCCCUUCGUCAACCACCUCACAGGCGAGGCCUUCAACGCUGCUGACUGCUUCACGAAUACAGAGCCUUUUGGUUUCCUAUACGACGCGUUACUUCCGGUGCCUCCUCCACAGAUGCGCGAGCCGCCGUGGCUCGCAACCUUCUGGGAUGUGAACGUGCUUGCCGUCGGCCAGCCGUGCCUCCUCCACGUGUACGUUGCUGCGAAGGGGUCGGCGUGGGAGCGACCACCGAGCGACUCGCGGGACGACCUCGUGACUCCUGACUCGUUCGCAGGGAGCGCCGGCGUCUUUUUCCUCAACUCGCCCGCCGGCUGCGAGAACUGCCGAGUGAACAAGACGUUUGACGUUUACGUCGACGUCACGCCGGCCCUGCGCCGAAACAACAUCAUGCCUCGCAACGCGGACAUCCACGUGCUCGUCGAGUCCGCCGACGGGACUGUCUCUCCGAUCGAGCAGACGACGCUCCCGCCGCCGCAGCUCAACGGUCCGCGCCUCACGACGGUCGGCAUCGCGGAGAGCAACCUGCACGCCGACGACGGCUACAUCACCUCACUGCAGCAGGUGCUGAUUGCGGGGUGCUUCCUCUCGGGCGAGCCGAGUGGGGUGUACGACGACCAAACGGUCGCCGCGGUCAAGCGCUUUCAGGAGGCCGCUGGCCUUGAGGUCGACGGACUCCUAGACUCCGCGACGCGCGACGUCAUGUUGUACGGGCUCAUCCUCUCAAAUGACCACUCUGAGGAGCCCGGCACCCGCCUGGCAUCGGUGAAGCCCGGCGAGGUCACCAAGUGGACUCUCGUGGCUAGCACCGUUCCGUCGCGCCUCCGGAAGCCGGCGCUCCUGGCGGACCUGAGGAAGGCCUUUGCCCUAUGGGGCGAGGCCACGGAAGUCAGAUUCGAGUACGUCGAGCCCGAGGCGGCCUCGCGCCCCCCGCCCGGCCCGUCACAAGCCCUGCGCCUGAACCACGACACGAUCACCGUCAGCUUCGACAGAAAGUCGAAGUCCGACCCGGGGGCGUUCGAUGGGCCCGGUGGCCAGCUGGCGCAUGCCACCGCGGAUAGCAUCGUCUUCGAUCCGGACGAGCUCUGGGAUACCUCCGACGCGCACUCGGAGCGGAAGGUGACGAGAGGGUGGGACGAGGUCCACUACCAGAUCCUCAACGUCGCGCUGCACGAGAUUGGGCACUGCAUCGGCCUGUCUCACUCUGAGCAUCCGGGGGACAUCAUGUUGCCCUUCUACUCACCGGACAGGACGGUCCUCUCGGAGAACGACAUACUGAGAGCUCGCAUGGAGCUCGGUUUGGUCCCGUCGGCUAGAGAGUCGAACUAG